UUCAAAGCAUGCGCCUUUGGCAUCUACAUUCUACAGACAGAAAGGACAAUGUAUUUGUUAGUAUAUGUUGUUUGUCAGAGCACAGUCACAGAGGUCAUUAGAAACAGCACAACACUGCAGCAGUGAUUCAGCUGAGCCGGGAGUAACUCUGUAAUAAAUAAUCAGAGAAGUUCGAUAAGCAUCAAGCGAAGCGAAGAAGUCAAAGCAGGAACAAUAAGGAGCUGAGUCUGGAUGACUCAUGCGGACUUUACUCGACGAGGACGAACAAAGAUCACCAGCAGUGCUGUCGCUUUCGCGUUAGUCUGGCAUGAUCUUUACUGAUCUGACCGGGUUAUUUGUUUAAAAGUCCCGAGGAUGACGAGCACACUCGUACGAAUCCCGUCCGACCGCCUGAUCGCUCUCGUGAUGCAGUGAAGAUGGCAGGCGCUGGCAUUGAGUACAGGAAGAAUGCACUUAUCCCAUGUCGGCACCAACAAAAUCUGCUUCCUGCUUUCCCUGGCAUUUUGUGCCCUACUGGUGCUCCUUAUUCCCUCCCUGCAACCUCCGCAGCGUCAGACGGAUCUGCCCCAACCGCGGCCCCGUGCCAAGCCUGCCAGACACGACCUCUACGGGAACCCCGGCCAAGGAAGUCAUGGUGCCAAGGAUGGUAGUUUCAUUCACCCACUUCCUCCCGGAGGACGACCCCAGGACCCGCAGAGGUUGUUAGAGGGGGACGCUGCAAACGCCAAUGCCCCCGGGUCCCGUUCCAAAGACUCUUUGGAUUUGAGAGACAUUUUUAUUGCCGUUAAGACCACCAGGAAAUAUCACAAGUCCAGACUGCAGCUCCUGUCCCAGACAUGGGUGUCCAAAGCCAAGGAACAGACGUUUAUCUUCACUGAUCAAGAGGAUAAGGAGCUCAAGCAGAAAGCAGGGCUCAACAUCAUCAACACCAACUGCUCCGCGGCGCACACGCGUCAAGCCCUGUGCUGCAAGAUGUCUGUGGAGUAUGACAAGUUCAUCGAGUCACAAAAAAAGUGGUUCUGUCACGUGGAUGAUGAUAACUAUGUGAUCCUGCCCAGUUUGCUGGAGCUGCUGUCGUCCUACUCUCACACACAGGACGUGUACCUGGGAAGACCCAGUCUGGACCACCCCAUCGAGGCCGCCGAGAGGGUCAAGAGCGACGGAUCGGUGUCGGUGAAGUUCUGGUUUGCCACUGGAGGAGCUGGAUUCUGCAUCAGCCGAGGCUUAGCGCUCAAAAUGAGUCCAUGGGCAAGUCUUGGAAACUUCAUUACAACUGCAGAGAAGAUCCGCCUCCCAGACGACUGUACAGUAGGCUACAUCAUCGAGGCCUUGCUGGAAGUUCCUCUGACACACACAGGCCUGUUUCACUCACACCUGGAGAAUCUCCAGAGACUCCCUACGGACAACAUACUCAAACAGGUGACCCUCAGUUAUGGUGGAUUCGAGAACAGGAGGAAUGUGGUCAGUGUCGGGGGAGUGUUCUCAUUGGCUGAAGACCCUUCACGGUUUAAAACGGUUCACUGCCUACUCUACCCCGACACUGAGUGGUGCCCACGCAAGACUCGUCACUGACCUCUGGGAUACGAGUGCCUCGUCACGGAGCAGACCUUCGCAAGCUCAACUUCCAUAAAACUCUUUAUACCAAAAUAAUACUGAGCUGGUUGGUGGCUUGUAAAGCUAUUUAACAAGUGUUUUUUGGUACUUUCUGUGUUUAUAUGGUGAAACAGGGUGGCUGUAAUUUAUUGUUGUCCUGAAAUAUUGUGUUUUUGAGAAGUGCCAACUGGUUUACAUAUACUGAGCGUUUUGGAAGGAUUGUGCUAUCUGUUAGAUUUACUGGGGGAUUUUUCGUUGGAAUGAUUCGAGCCUUUGACAUCAUCUUUAUAGAGUUGUCUUUUUCCUAAGGGUCAUAAAUAUGCCAGGUGCAAUCCUUAAAAUUUGUGUGCAAGAUGGACAAGAAAAACAGUAUUAAUGCAGUUAUAGUAUUUUGUUUCCAAGAUUUAUGCAACCACCAGCUCAUCUACUGCCAAUGCUUUUCAGCUUGCGUUCUUAUUCAGUGUCUCUAGAUGUGCAGGCUAGAACUCUUGGACGGAAAAUAUACAGACCAAAAGCAAUUGUUGCAACCAGUCCAAGUCUUGCUAAUUUAUCCAUUGCUUGCCAUUUAUAUUUUAACAAACAUGACCGUUUAAAUGUGUUUUAUGUGCCGUUCAAAGGAUCCUUCUGAUAUUUGCACAAACACGUUCCUCACUGCAGGCCAGUGGUUUGCGUAAUCAUGCCAAAACUACACUAACAGUGACAGACACUUUGUAAAUGUGAUCUCCGUUGACACUACCAAAUGCUAUUGCAGUUGAAUGUCUUUGCACCUGUUUUUUUUUUUUUAAAUCUGAUGACUGAUAAUGUUGUAAAGUAUGAUUUUCAUUUUAAUAAAUUUAUUUAUUAUGCA